CUCAUUUUUAGGGAGGGAGAGAGAGAGAGGAGAAAGAAACCAAAAGCCUCGCCCCCCAAAACGCAUUCUUCUUCUUUCUUGAGUUUCUUCGAUGGCGGCUAGUAAAAGCUACUACGCAAGGCCCAACUACCGGUACCUGCCGACCGAUCACCACCACCAGACACUCUCCGGCGACUCAGCAUUCGAACUCGACGAGUCCGACAUCUACAACUUCGCCCGGUCCAGCUCGCCGGAGUACCGCAAGCCGGCGAUGAGCUCCCGCGUCGUGUCCUCGGCUUCGUCGAAGAAGUCCUCCGCCUCGUCCAAGCGGUCAUCCGACGGCGGCGACCGGAGCUGCGGUACGGCGGGGUCGCUGCCGGUGGGCAUUCCGGACUGGUCCAAGAUCCUGAGGGACGAGUACCGGGAAAAUCGGAGGAGUGACGACGACGACGAAGACGUGGACGACGGGGAUUGGACAACCGGGAGCGUUCGGGUCCCGCCGCACGAGUUUUUGGCGAGGCAGAUGGCGAGGACGAGAAUCGUGUCGUUCUCGGUGCACGAAGGCGUGGGGAGGACGCUGAAGGGGAGAGAUCUGAGCCGGGUCAGAAAUGCGAUUUGGAAAAAAACCGGGUUCGAAGAUUAAUUCACCAGAAAAUCAAGAACCAACAAUAUUUUUUUUUCCAAUUCUCAAUUUUUAAGAAAAAUGCAGAGUUCCAGGAGGGGGUAAUUAUUGGUUAGGUUUUUUUUUUCAUCUUAUGAAUUGUCUUGUAUCUUGUUUCUGAAUUUGUUCACGUAUUUUGGUGACGGAUGCGACCGAGAUGAUCUACAUAUGUAAUGUAAUCCUAACAGGGGACGAUUUUCUUGAA